AUGGACGCGACAGACAUCCUCGACGACGCUCCCCCGACCGCCAUCUGCCCUCACCGCACCGCCAUCCUGCUGCGCAUGCCCGACCGCUGGACGCACCCCAUGUUCCUUAAGCUGCAGCGCGUCCUCUACGACGACGACUUUGACCGCAACGGCGUCGCGCGCACGCGCCGCCAGCACGAGCUCGUCCGGUCCCUCGUCCCCGCCGAUCGGCUUCUCGAGCACCGCGUCGGCGACGGCUGGGCCCAGCGCUCGACGCCUGGACGCGCCGCAACGAGCGUCGGCUGCGCGGCAUGCUCCGCGCGCAGCUCCCGUCGCGUGCUGGACCUGGCGGCCUACGCGGCGCUCGCCUGGGUGGUCCUGUCGCAGGUGCCCGCCAGCUUGUGGUGA